GCUGAAAUCGCUCUCUCUGAAAUUUCGUCUCCCUCUAGCAAGUCUCUCUUCUUCAGUUGCCUUGUAUUCGAAGUUGGUCCUUUCUGGCAGAUUUACCAUAGAAUGGAGAGGUGAUUCUUCUGUGUGCCUUCGGGAGUGUUAGGUACGAUUCAACUGGAUCUAAGUUUUCGAUACACUCGAGAAUUGUUCAAUAUAUUCAAAGUUGGACAAUAACUCAAAAUUAUUUUGGAAUAUUAAGAAGUCGAGAAUUUGGAGAUUACGCAUUUGUGAUCCAUUAUUCGCAGAAUGGCAUCUGAACACAAGGUACGAUUCAACCGGAUUUAAGUUUUUGAUACACUCGAGAAUUGUUCAAUAUACUCAAAGUUGGAAAAUAACUCAAAAUUAUUUCGGAGAAUUAAGAAGUCGAGACUUGCAGAUUACGCAUUUGGGAUUCAUUAUUCGCAGGGUGGCAUCAAAACACAAGGUACGAUUUCACCGGAUUUAAGUUUUUGAUACACUCGAGAAUUGUUCAAUAUACUCAAAGUUGGACAAUAACUCAAAAUUAUUUCGGAGAAUUACGAAGUCGAGAACUUGGAGAUUACACAUUUGUGAUUCAUUUUUCGCAUAGUGGCAUCAAAACACAAGGUACGAUUCAACUGGAUCUAAAUUUUUGAUACACUCGAGAAUUUUUCAAUAUACUCAAAGUUAGACAAAACUCAAAAUUAUUUCGGAGAAUUAAGUACUUGAGAAUUUGGAGAUUACACAUUUGUGAUCCAUUAUUCGCGGAGUGACAUCUUAACAAAAGCUUGAUGUAGAGGAGGACGAGAUGAGGCGGCAAACAAAAGAUGGCAGCGAUUGAUGUCGGGUUGGCUCUCACGCACCGGUCAAAGUUCUGGUAGCAUGAGAGUUGACCGGCGCAUGUGACCUACAUGCGCCGCUAAUCAGCGAGAUUUUUCUGGAGAAGGGUCUCCGGACGACGAGGAACACAAUGGUGCCAGAGUUUUCUUAUAGGCAAUUUUGAAAACAGAAGAAGAUAGGAAUUCCCGUUCCUUUCCAAUUUCUACAAAAACUGAUUCUUGAGACAAGUUUGAAGGCAGAAAAAGACACAACAAAUUAUUAUUAUUUGAUGAGAUUUCAAUUUCUACAGAAUGAGUUAUUGUGGUUAGAGACGAGAGAAGGGAUUCUCGGUCGAGGCACGAGGGGAAUGGCAGAGCCAUCGUACUAAGAGAUGAGAGAAGGGAAUUGGUGUCUCCUGCACUGAGGAUUAGAGUUCUUCUGUACGAGAUAACACCGAAGAUGCUGGAGAUUACUUUUGGUGCAUUGAAAGGGUUAGUGCAGCCGAGAUAUGGUUGAGAGAAAAAUCUCUAUUGAACUGAUGAGCAUGGGGCUGCUCGACAAGGAUGAAGUGGCACAGGUACCGUUUCUCGAGUUGGUUGAUCCUGUGAGAGAUGUGCUGCUGCUGGAGGCGGCACCUAUACUGACUGAAGAAACACAAAACUAGAUAUCUGCAUUGAUCAAGCAUAUAUUUGGAAGUGAUUAAGAAAUGGAGAGCCGUCAUGUUCUUGACAUGACAUGAUGGGAUGACCAACCUGAAACAGGAGAUGAACUUCCCACUACAACUGGAUUUUAUGAUAAGGUCGAUGAAGAGCUCCAAGCAGCUCAAAAUGAAGGACACACAGGCGAAAACCAUGGCCGGUCAUAUAUGGGUAGCCGAGGAGUGAUUUGCACGGCCUUCACGCCAAACAGCUUAAAACCCGACCCAUUUUCUAAGGGUACGAUUCAAAUGGAUCUAAAUUUUAGAUACACUAGAGAAUUGUUCAAUAUACUCAAACUUGGACAAAACUCAAAAUUAUUUCGGAGAAUUAAGUAGUCGAGAAUUUGGAGAUUUCGCAUUUGCGAUCCAUUAUUCGCAGAGUGGCAUCUAAACACAAGGUACGAUUCAAGUGGAUUUAAGUUUUUGAUACACUCGAGGAUUGUUCAAUAUACUCAAAGUUGGACAAUAACUCAAAAUUAUUUCGGAGAAUUAAGAAGUGGAGAAUUUGGAGAUUACGCAUUUGUGAUCCGAUAUUCGUAGAGUGGCAUCUAAACACAAGAUCCCUUGUGAGAACUCAGAUAUGGCUGUAGCUGCUUACGCGUCGUUGGUUUCUCUUGCUCAUGUCCUCGACAACGUUCAUUGCCGUGCUCAGCUUGGACGCCUUCAUGUGGACAUGAAACAGAUUGAAUAUCUUGAAGAAGGUGUCAAUUUCUUUUUGAAAUUCCUUGAAGUUAACUCUGGAAGAGGAGAAGUAAACGGAGAUCUAUGGAAGCAAUUAGGUGAGGUUGUCUUUGCUGCAGAGCAGAUAAUUGAUUUCCACGUAGUCUAUGAAAUCCGUCUCCGAUAUCAGGGAGAAACGGGUGUUUCCGGCCUUUCAGCUUUCAAAGAAGAUAUCGAGCAAGUGAUCGAUAGUAUUGAAUACAUCAAGAAUGAGAUUUUAGCUGAGGAAGAGGUACCGAAGGAUGUUCAACCUGGAAAACAACCUAAACUUUCUGAGCAUGGGGAAACUUCGUCGGUUACUCCUUCAGAUGGGAAGAACACAAUAGUGGGAUUUGAUGAACAUGAGGUCGCGAUUAUGGAUGUGCUGACGAGAGAUGAACCGAAUCUCCAAAUCAUCCCUAUUGUGGGGAUGGGGGGAAAUGGCAAGACAACUCUAGCAAAAGCUGUUUUCGAUAAUCAAUAUAUUGCCGAUCAUUUUGAUAGAUGCAUUUGGCUUACAGUAUCACAAGAGUAUAAGGUCCAGGACAUCCUAGUAGGCCUUCUAAAUGACGGUAAAGUUAAAGCGAAUGAUGGAAAUAUUGAUAGAUUGGGGGAAUCUUUGCACAAAGAAUUAUUCAAGAGACGGUAUUUGAUUGUUAUGGAUGAUGUCUGGAGUGUGCAAGCAUGGGAUGAUUUAAGGAAGUAUUUCCCGGAUAAUUGUAAUCGAAGUCGGAUUCUGAUAACUACAAGGCUCUAUGAUGUGGCUGCUUAUCUCGGGUCUUCCACCUAUCCCAUGACAUUUUUAGAUUCCGAAAAAAGUUGGAAUUUAUUUUGUCAGACAACUUUUGGAGAAAAAGAUUGCCCGUAUCCCGAGUUACAGGAGUUCGGGAGAGGGAUUGUCGAAAAUUGUAAAGGACUUCCUUUGGAAAUUGUUGUGAUUGGCGGUCUACUUUCAAAAUCCGACAUGUCUAGAGAAUAUUGGGAAUCUGUUGCGAAAAAUGUAAGCUCAUUUGGUAAUUCAGGGUACGACGAACAUUGCUUGAAGAUAUUAUCUCUAAGCUAUAACCAUUUGCCCAUUCCUCUCAAAUCAUGUUUCCUCUUUCUCGGCUCUUAUCCUGAAGAUAGUAAGAUUGUUGUCGCCGACCUAACUCGCAGAUGGAUUGCUAACGGAUUAAUAAGAGCUGUGGAUGAGAGAAGUUCGGAGGACAUUGCUAUGGAAUUUAUCAAAGAUCUCUUUGCCAGGAAUCUUAUUUUUGUCCGCAAACAGACGAUCAUUGGUAAAAUAAAAGUUUGCGGUAUUCAUGAUCUGUUACGCCACUUAUGCCUAAAAGAGGUUGAAAAGGAACAGUUUAUACGAUCCCCGAAGGUGCAAGACACUAAAAACGACGGAGCUGCAGUGUGCUUUCUUUGUGGCGACGCAUCCCCGGACGAUGUGAUAGAUGUCUCGAAACUUAUAUUCCCGUCGCCAUCAGGAGUAAGUCCUCCAUCCAUUUGUGGUUCAUGCAGAAUGAUGUAUUCGCAUAUUACGAGGGAAAGGUUGGCGGGGAUCAUGAGCGGUAGCCACGAUGAAUUCGACUUUUUGCAUCCUACUCAAGCGCGGUAUGUUUCUGUUACAACCCGUGAAGAUGUGGUAUACGUAUGGCCAUCGUUACAAUUACUCUGGAAUCUCCAGACUUUAAAAAUUACUGUUUAUGAGCCAUCAUAUCAAUUAGUAUUUCCCGAUGAAAUCUGGGAAAUGCCGCAACUUAGGCAUUUAGUAGUCACUCCUCGUAUGGCUAUUUUUCCAGAUCCUGCCACAGCUACACAUGCUGAGGGUAGAGAGUCCAUUGUUCUCGAAAAGUUGCAGACCCUUUCUGGAAUUCGAAACUUCAACUGGACAAAGGAUGCAUUGGAUAGAAUUCCGAAUCUAAAUACACUGGAAGUCUCUUAUAAGUCCAAGGGUGAAGGUAGUACUGAAUCAUCGAACCAUUCCCUUUGUAAUCUUAUCCAACUACAGAAACUUCAGUCACUGAAAAUAGCAUUUGCUCCGAAGAACAUUGCAUUUCCGAGUUCUCUUAAAGAGCUGUGUCUGGAGCGAAGCACCUACAAAAUUCCCUGGAGUGGAUUGUCGAUCAUUGGCUCAUUACCCAAUCUUGAGAAACUUAAACUGAGGGAAGCCACUGAGGGGUCAGAAUGGUAUCCAGUUGAGGGGGAAUUUCUUCGACUGAAAAAGUUGACAAUUUGGUAUUCUGAUUUAGUGCAAUGGAGAGCUGAUAGGGAACAUUUCCCUACUCUUGAAGCGCUUCGGCUACAGUUUAUAGAUUCGUUGGAAGAAAUUCCUUCGGGCAUUGGAGAUAUUCCAACGUUACAUAGAAUUGAGUUGGAAGACUGCGGUCCAUCUGCUUUCGAUUCGGCUUGCCAAAUAUGGGAGGAGCAACAGAGCAUGGAAAAUGAUACCCUCGAGAUUCUUGUCAAGUACCGUUGGGAAUGGCACCCUAUCAGUAAAUUCAUUCGACAACAUGAGUCUGAACAUGAAGACGAAGAGGAGUUCCAGCAUGAAGACAAAAACGGAGAUGAUUAACAGGUAAUUUUGAGGAUCCAUUGUUUAUUUCAUAUAUGAAAUUGUAAUACUUGUGAUCAUUUUAUUUGUUUUCUGUCUUCAACUUGCUGGCUUUCUCAGGUAUACAAGAAGAUAUGUUGUUUUUGUUAAUGUAUCUACUGAUAAUGUUGUUGUAAUAGUUAAGAAAUAUUGCUAUGCGAAGAUUGCAGUGUUUAUUGAUUAAGAAGUAGUUUUAGAAUGCAGGAAACGUUUGAU